UGUACUUAAACUUGGAGGUUAAAUAAUAGAAAUCUUGAAUUGAAAUCGAUUUAAAAUAAAAGUAAUGUGUAAGUCAGAUACAUAGUUAUCAUCACUUUAUAUGAAAAAUAUGGUAAACAACGUAAGAGAAAAAUGCAAAUAAAUAAAGCUGCCUUGAUUCUAUCACGAUCCGAACCAUGUUUAUCAUAUUUACUAAAUAAAAAAAUUAGGAAAUACUCUCACAAUGUACCUUUUAUAAAUCUAUAUAAAAAAGUAACAGGUGAGGUGAAUUCAAGUGAAAAACUUUUGCUUUUACAAAAGAAGCAUCCAACUCUUCAAAAUGUUAGCCAAACACAAAUAGAUUAUGUCCUUAAAAUUCUUGAAAAAUUUGGUAUCACCGCUGAGGAUGCAUGCAAUAAUCCCCAUGUAUUCUGCAUGAAUGCCAUAAGUAUGGAUAAUUAUGGUGAAAUUUUACGGGAAUGUUGUUUUGUUAACAUCCUUCCCAAAUACAUUAUAAGAUACCACACAUUAGUGAGAUCUAGAACAAUAACUAAAUUGAAAAAGGAAGGUAUUUUAAGGGAAAAUCUUAAUUUAGAAGAAGUUUUACAUAAAUGCUUCAAAGACUGGCCAGAGAAGGAACAAAAAUUAAACAAUUUUUCAGACAAAACUACUUCAAUAUUGACUGUAAGAACAAGUGUACUUGAGAAAUACCUUACAUGGAGAUUAUCUAUAACUGAAGAUGAGUUUAAAAGUUAUUGUAGGAAUUACUUACCUUUACGCCAUAGACCAAUGUGUGAUAUCUCUGAAGCGUUACACUUAGCACAGAAUGUAAUCAAAUUUGACAUUGCAAAUAUCAGAAGGAAUGGAUUUAUUAUAUCAUCAGAUCCAAUGAAUACAAAGCUUAUAAUUGAAAAUGUAGAUUCACUGGCCGGGUAUAACAUUCUAGACGCUAUAAAAAUGGAACCAGCCAUAUUAAAAAAUAAUUAUAAUUCGUUAUUGGAGAUAAGACAAAUAUUACAGGACUAUGGUAUAAAUGAAGAGGCUCAAAGGCGAUGUUUGCGUGUGUUCUGUAUGCGCGCACAGUCCGUCAGGGAGCGACUGGACCAAUUGAAGGAGUUGAAGGAAUAUCAAAUAUUGUCCUCACAUCCUAGAGUUUUAUCAAUGGUUGUGCAUAAAAGGAAAAUGUUGACCCGCCUUGAGAAAAUUCAAUCAGCUAAGAAGCAGUGUUACAGUUUGAAUCAACUUGUAUCGUCCAGAAAAAUAUUUAAUAAUUAUAUAAAUAGUUUCGGCAAUAAAGUAUGCGGUCGAGAUAUGGCAAUACUUAUAGCGAAUUCCAUCCAAACGAGAGAAGACAAAAAUAGUGACUUACCAACGUUAAAAAAGGACAGAUAUACGAAUUUGAAAAAGGCUGUGUUACAACAACUUAAGAAACAUAAGUAUUGGUUACAUUCUUCACUGUACAUUAUCAAUGAAAAUCUUCAGUAUUUAAAUAAGAAAUUUUAUGGCGAUGUUAUUGUGAAUAACUGUCAAAUACUUCUUUAUCCUCUGGCGGCAACACAGCGUUAUAUAGAAUAUUUUCUAAAUAAACGCAUUCACACAAUAGAUGCAAAAAAAGAUAUAGAAUUGGACGGAGGUUACAAUAGUUUGAAUUACUCUCAGCUCACAGACGAUCAGAUAUUGAGUUUGACUCUUUAUGAAAUUGAAAAAAGGUACCAUUUCAGUGGCGAUGGUAUCUGGAGCCAUCAGGAGGGUGCCAAAGAUAUGCAAUCUGUGAAACAAUUGCAAAACAAUUAAAAAACAUAUUUAUGGUCUAACCAGUGAAAAGAUUAAAUCUGAUAUCGGAAUUAACAUUUCAACUCUCAUUUGAAAUAUCUUCCAGACUCAGGAAAAAUAUUAUCUUUGAACACUUUUUUAUUUUAUCGCAUAGCGUUAACUUCUUUGGAUUCCGACAUGUUUCUUUUAUUUUUCACGUAAAUAUUGUAAAUGUUGUAAAUAAACUAAGAUUUAAAAAAUAAAAAAA